UCAACAAGUAGUAGGUGCAACAGUUGACAGUUGACAGCAUUCCGAACGGUUUCCAGUUAAAUACAUUUUAAAAGACAUCAGCAUUAAUCCCGAGCACAUCCGGAGGAGAGGCUGUAUAAACAGAGACACCGCCAUGAAGCCCGACAUCCUAGCAUUCUGCAUCCUGGCAACCACGAUCCUGGGCAGCAGGACACGUCACGUCGCUGGCUUCUUGACUUCCCAGACCAAUGUCAACGGAGGAGCCGCAGUGGGUGGGACCAAAAUGGUUGACCAACAGGGCGUUGCAUCCGGGCCACAGCGCCUGCAUCUGCCCAUUUUCGAGGUUGGGGGCGGACCCGUUCGCCAAGGAGGUCCGCCUCCAGCGGACGUCCAGGAGGUUCAGGAGCGAGCUGUUUACGAUCCCGGAGAUGAAUUACUCCGCGCCCAGGAGCUCGGAUUGCCAGUGAUCCCCCCGGGCCCCGACUACGCCGAUGCGGUGUACAACGAACUCGAGCUGGCCAGUAAGUUCGAGGUGCUCAAAAAAAUGGAGGAGGAUUUACGGGCCGAGCAGGAACUGGUGGACAAAUCGGCUUUGCUCAUGAAAAUGCUAGAGGAUCCCUCAUUGGAAACUCUACCACUCGUUUAUGUGGAGGAGGAGGAGCCAGAGGCAAUGAUUCCUUCCGCUGCAGCCGAGGACUACGCCGAAUUGGAGAACGCCGUUCAGGAUUUGGUUUUGGGCCAGAGCAAACCGAAGCGUUCGCGCUACUAUCGCAGGUAUCCGUGGAAGCGCCACAACAAGAAUCGCGGUUCUUACAUGAAUUCUAUCAACAGCAACUAUGAACCGGAAUUGCGAUAUGCCUGUACGCCUAGUAAGGAGGAUAUAUUUAAGCUGCUGGUCAAUCUCCAUGAGAAUCGCAAGGGCAACCACAGCAAGACGGUUAAUUUCUGCAAUCGCAAGCGUCCUGCCAAGGCGGUCUUCACCAACAUAAGAUUCCUGGGCUAAGGCGAUAUGGAUAUAUAGACGAUAUAUAGUACACUGAACAGAACAGAACCCCAGACACUGACAGACACAUAUGUAUACCAAGCAUCAAUUGUACAUUUGCUGACAAAGUCGAGCGCCAAACUGGAGAACAACAAGCACUAACAAUUAGCCUAACUAAACUAAACUAAACUAACUAAAAAUUCCUUGUUAUCUUGUCGCGAUACAAGCCCUUGUGAGGCAAUUUAAAUGCCACAACACCCUAUUGCCCCAACCCCUAAUUCUAAUUGUAGACAAUUAAAACUUUUAUAACUCUCAAUGUGUUGUAUAUACUAAUUAAUUAACUAACUAAAUAAAAUAGAAAAGUUCUAGUGGCUCCCUUUUGUUAAUUUUUUGUGGUUGUCGUUGCGUGUGCUAAUCCAUAGAAUUGCAUAACGUUGCCAUAUCACUUGAAAGUCUCGUAACAUCUCUCGGUCCAUUAAACUAGUAUUAUAAAAUAAUAAAUGGCACCACGAACCUCCCUAAUGCUAUAUCAAUGUGUAUAUACGAGAAUAUUUGAAUAUAUUAACUACUUACUAAACGAAACUAUCUCUAAUGUAAAGUCGAGGAAUAUACAUACAUAUAUAUAUUUCAAAUAAAAUUAUAAACUUA